AUGCUACGAUUUUACGCAGAUGUGUUGAAUUCACAUUCAAAAAUUUGUCCCGAUAUCCGUUAUGAGCUAAAUUCCAAUUGGUUCAAACAUGAAUGGAAAAAGCUUAACGACAAAAUUCAAGACGGAGGAAAGGUUUUGAAAGAAGAAAAAGAAAAAGUCAAGGAUAACAUUAUCGAACUACUUAGGAUAGCGGAAGAUCAAUUUGGAAACGACGAAUAUUUAGAAUUGGUCAAGUCUCUAAUACGAUUUUCUAAACAGUUGUUUGAGUCAUAUAAGCUUUUGGAGAGAACUACUGCUAUUUCAGCAAUUUUUGAUGCUUUUGAUGCCAAUGAUUUCACAUCGUUCGAUAUUAAGAACAUUGCAGAAUGGUUGUCUCAUAUUGAGUUAGCAAGACCAUCCAGCAUCUUCCACAAAAUUUUAAUGCACUCAGGAAUUACUGCUGAUCAAAUACGAAAGGAAAUCCAUGAAAUUUUAGAAAAGAAAAGGAAAUGCUUGGAGCAAGGUAUUCCUGAUUUAAUCACUGUAGUAUUCAUUGAUGAACUUAACACUACAUCAUGCAUGGGUAUGAUUAAGGAGUUAAUGAUUGAUCAUUCCUUAGAUGGCGUCAAGUUGCCCAAGUCUAUUUUCUUUAUUGGAGCUAUCAAUCCAAAAAACAAAACCAAGUCAACUCUUCUAAAAGAAGGUUUUCAAAUUUCGAGGAUUUCCAAGACCAGUUCAAAACAGCAAUCUGAAGAAGUUAUAGUUAAUUCAGCAGACUAUGAAGGUGAAUACAUUGUCAAUGACCUUGCACCCUCCAUGGAAUUGAUCAAGUUUGACUAUGGUGAUUUAUCUCCCGUUCAAGAACAAGACUUUCUGCGACUACUAUUAGAACAAGAACAAAAGAAAAGAGGAGUUCAAGAUGUAGUCACUUCGGAGUUGCAACAUUUCAUCUUUUGUUCCCAAAGAUAUGUUGCUGAAGCUCGGUUACAUAAAAUUCGAGUUUCAAUUAGAGACUUGACAAGAGCAAACAAAUUAUAUUGGUUUCUGAGAGAGAAUAAGAUCAUUCCUUUAGAUCCGAAUGAGGACACAGAAGAAAACAACCAUAUUCAUAGUAUCAUCAUGUCGAUUGCCUUAAAUUAUUAUUUCAGACUUCCACAUGACUAUAGAGAAAAAUUUGAGAAAGUCAUUGACGAUCUUGUGAUACAACAAUUUCCUCACUACUCGUAUUUACGUUUCGCUGCUACUGUGAAGAGGUGUCUAAAUGAUUUUUAUCAAAGAGCGAAAGCUUGUGAUUUUAUACCAUCAGGCAUUGCUCAAACGCAAGCAUUCGCAGAAAAUCUUUUCGCUCAGAUUGUGUGUAUACAAUCUGUUACUCCUUUAUCAAUCGUCGGUAGCCCAGGAAAUAGCAAAACAUUAUCGUACACAUGUGCAACUCAAAAGAAACGAAAUCUUUUCCCAACUAUGAAGACUGUACAUAGUCAACACUACCAAUGCAACGAAAUGUCAACUGCAGCAGAAAUAGAGACAGUAUUAAAAAGUUCAGUAGAAACAAAAAAGAAGUACGAGCGUGCUGGCAUGCUGAAUGAACUAUGUUCAUUAUUGAUUGAUGAAGCAAGUUUACCCAUAGAACAAAAACAUGCCCUCAAAUGCAUCCAUUACUAUUUAGACAAACCAUAUAUUUGCACAGUACUGAUUUCUAACAUGAGAUUAGAUGCAGCCAAGUCAAACAGAGCUAUUCAGAUCAUUCAACCUUCUUUAAGCUUCGAUGAUUUGAGAGCUCUAUGUAAAGGCGUCCUCAUGCUUGAUGAUGAUGUUCGUCCAUAUUCAAGAAAUGCAAAGAUCAUUACUGCCCUGUGCAAAUCUUUCCAACAAGUGAACGAAGUGCUAGAGAGUCCUAUUGUCAAAAGAGAGCCAGAGGCUAAUCAAACAGCAGCCAAUAUUGCGUCAUGUGGUAUUUUCCAUAUGAGAGACUUUGUUUUCUUCUUGAGAAUGUUAAGAAAGAGAUCUGAAGGUGAUUUAUUUUCUCCAAACAAUAUUUAUUAUGCUUUACAAAGAAAUUUCAACGGAGUGUUUAAACAAGAUUUUGAAGCAAUUUGUGAUUUAUUCUUCAUCAAUAUCAGACGUGAAUUGGGUGCAGAUUUCAAGAUCUACAUUCCGACAGCGAAGAAAUAUAUGCAAGUUGUUGAAGACAGUAUUGCUGAUCGAUUGAAUAUUCAACAGGGAGAAGAUCCUAAUCAAUCCCAUUUUCGUUAUACCAUGAUUAUAGAUCCAAGUGAGUCGCAAUCCUCCAUUGAGUUACUUUUCAAGGCAAACAAACUAAAGCAGAAAACAAAAGUUGUUUUUAUAAGUGACUUUAAAGAAGAUUCAAAUGAUUUAUCUCUCUCACAAGAAAUCUCAGAGGUCAAGCAAUCCAUGGAAGAAGGGACUUGCGUUAUUUUAGUGAAUUCUGCAGCAAUCAACUCAAGUUUUUAUGACGUAUUUAACAGACAGUUCAUAUCCAUUAAUGAUCGAUAUUUUGCAAACGUUAGUAUUAGAGGAACCACACAUCCAUGUCUCAUUAAUCCUCAAUUCCAUUGCAUACUCCAUGUUCCUUUGAGCCAAUACAGAACAAUGCCGAUACCUUUAUUGAACAGAUUUGAAAAAUAUAUUGUUGGAGCAGAGCAGAUUCUAGAAGAUUCUAUUCCUUCUGAAUCACUCACUGAGAAACAAAGUAUUUUGAAGCAUAUAAGAAAUGGUGUCCAUGAUUUUAUUCAACAAUUUGGAGAGAUCACAUUUUAUGGACUCACUUCCAAAGAGACGGUAGAUUCGCUCAUGUUGAGAGUGGUUAACGAUUCUACUGAAGAAAUUUCUAUCAGAAAACCUCUGGCUAUCAGAAAUGAAAAAAUUGUUCGACUCAUGAAGGAGAACAAUAUCGAAGACCAUGAGGAAGAUAACAAUGUUAACACAGGUACAUCAUCCAAAAGGUUAAGAGAAUACAUUAGAUCUGUAAACUUUCAACUCUUGCAAAUUUGUGCUCCAGAGAGUAUUUAUUUAAUGAGGAAUAUUAUACCUAUUUCCUAUUUGCUCGAAUAUUUGACUCAUCAAGAACACUUUUGUGCAGUCUCCUUUUUGAAACAUGCCAUUCAAGAUCACUUUUCAAAUAAUCGAAAAGAUCCCACCAAGUAUUUGUUAUAUUUGAGACAUUCCAGCGGUAUCCAAAGCUUACCAGAGAACGUACAUAUUCACGAGAUGCUAACAACCCAUUUUCAAAGUCCUGACUACUUGCAAAUCAUUGAAACAUCUUCAGAUGUUAUUACUGUGGCAUCUAUAUCUUCCUUCUCGUCACAGAUCGAUAUUUGUGAAUUACUCAAUAACUUUGCUGAGAAUCCAAACAAGUUGGUGUUGAUAUUUACUGUAGACAUGUCUUCAAUUUCAAAACAAGUUGUGAACUAUGUCAAGUUUAAAAUUGACAACAUGCUGUCGUCUGCAAUGGUAAAGAUGAAUGGACUGAAGCCGUUUGUAUCUCUUCUAUUGCAUUUCCCUCCAGAAUGCGCACAUUUUAAGCCUGCCUAUGAUACUAUAUUCACAGACUGGUCUUAUUACUAUGUUGAUAGCUUGACAACUCCAGAUAUGGUAGAUGAGUCACAAAUCAAUGAAGAUAUGGAUUAUGAGAAAUAUCAAGAUUCAAGAUAUUGGUUUUGUGUUGCCGUUGGUUUAAUCAAUUCUUUUGACUUGGAAGACAGAAAGCAAUUUCAACGGGCAUUUAUUCCUCUCUUUGAAUCAACAUUAAUAGAAAACAUCAGAGAAAACUCUUCUGUCCUUUCAUCUGCAUCACUUAAUCAAUACUUUUUGAGACAAAGAAAGCUUAGUCUCACACAAAAAACUGAAUUUGUGGAAAAAUUAUUGAAAAAUUUCACACCCUUAAAAGAUAUCAUAUUGAACAUGUUCGCUGAAAAAUGGAAUACAAAAGUGAUAUCUUCCAUUGUGAAUAACACUUGUAGAGAUAUAACUACUGGAAAGGUUGUAAAUGGUAUAAUUCAAAGCAUUUCAAAUACUCUUUCCUCAUUAUUCAUGGAAAUGAUGUAUCCGAUCACCAAAAAGUUAAUUCUAUUAACUCCAUCUGUUGAAAAUUUGUCACAGAGCAAUCCGAAUGAUGCGGUACUACAGUCCAAGAUUAUGGAAAUGUUUAUUAAGACUUCACUGAAGAAAAAUGCAUAUAAUUCUCGUGCGGCAAGCUUAAAUCAAAUGAUUCAAGAAAACCUGCACUUUUCCUCAAUACUACUUGAGAGAAUAGAGAGCAAUCAACACGAAGCUGACCUAAUUUUAGAAGAAGUUAUAGAUAUUAUUGAAAGAGAUCAGAGCAAGUUUGAAAAGUUCCGCUUGGAUGCCAUUGCAUAUCAUUUUUCGAAGGACGUUAUCAAAGACGAUAAAUCCAUUAAAUUGAUCGACAUAUUACUUUCACCAACUUGGAGACCUGAUGAAAAGAGACGAACGUACAAGUUGAUAACCUACAUGAAACAAGAACGAGCAAGGAAUUAUAUUAGUUUGAUAUUUGCUGUACUACAUGAGUUUAAGUUUAUUAACUUCUUAGAGAACGAUGGGUUUGUGAAAGAAUUUAGAAAAGUUGGACUUGUAUUCGAGAAAGCUUUAGAGCAUAUUUAUAGAAACUGUAUUGAAUUCUUGUUCUCUUCACUCACUACUGCUCUUUCCUCUUCAAAUAUGGAUAUCCUAAGUAAUUGUAAAGAGUGGCUGAAUUCUUUAAACUUCUUCAAUAUGAAGCACUUUGCAGAGCAAUCAGCAUUCCUAAAGAGCCCAAAGACUGAACGAAUUUACUUACUGAACUGUAUUAUGAAUGGAUUGGAAGACAUGUCCGAUCCAGCACCAAUUCAAGAUUUAUGGAAUCGUAUCGAGAAGAAAAUUCAUGAUCAAAGCAAAUUGUCAGAAUGUUUUACGCAAGUAAUUGAGACGAUUAGUCCAACUGUGAUGACUUACUUAUCAGAAGACUCUCAACGCGUUUUCAUUAAUAAUCUUCUUCAUUUCACUUUCUCUUUUUCACUUGAUAACUGGACGGUUCCUUCUUUAAAUCAAUAUCUAGAGGUCAUCAAUUUGUUUGAAGGUGAUGGUCCUUCCAUUUGGAAAAUGAUCAAUCUUGGAUCUCUCUCAUCAAUCAUGGAUAACAUUACUCGACUAUUAAUUGAAAACAGACUUCAUGAAAAUUUAAGAAAAUGCAUUUCAAAUUAUUUGAACAACUUUGAUAAUGCAAAGCUAAUUCCAGAAGAUAUUUCACUUACGAGACAAGAUUAUGUAAUCUCAUUGUUGCAGUCAUCGUAUAUUAGCCACAAGCAGCAAAUGUCAUGGAAUUCAUUUUUGGAAAAUUACAUGAGAGGAGCAAAUAACAGUAUUGCAGGCUGUGAAAAACUUGAUCUUUGCCUCGAUAACGCUAACUCUAAGCUGCUCUUAUCCAAAUUCGCAGACUUCCUUGUGGAGAACAAUAAUCCAAAAGAAACCAUAGAAGGUCUCACAGCACAAACAAAAAAGGUAUUACUCGAUACCAUGGCAAAGCAUGUAAACAUGCCACUCUUUUUGUUGUCACGAUAUGACUCUUUAGAACAGGUCCUUACCAGCAACAGAGCAGAACUUACUAGCAUUGGAUUGGGAAAUUAUUAUCUCGAGAAUAUUGCCAAGGACUACAAGUCCUAUCACUUUACAUUCAUGCAUAAUCGACAACAUGCUAUUUACAAUAUUUUCACAAGUAUGCGUGACCGUGCUAACAACCCUCAAGACUUUGUGAACUACGUUUUAGAACAAGCACCACAGCACAAGUACACUAUUAGAAUGCUUCUUGUUGUCAUUUCUUACAAUUAUUUCUUUUUAGAAAAUAGAAGAUGUGAUGCAGUGUUAACGUGUUUACAAAACGCAAAUGUUAGAAAUUCUUUAUCCAUUGAAGAUGUUGAAAUACCCGCUUUCACAAAGUUUGCCUCUGAACCAGUUUCUUUACCAGCUGAGAAACAGAAUCAUACCUUUACUAUGUAUUCUUUGUCAAAAGAGUUUAUUGAUUCCAACGACGACAAGGAUUUAUUGCAUUUGUUUGCAAAUAUAACUGCGGUGACACUUGGCAUACCCAAAGAAAAGAACCAUCUCUAUAAUCGCUUGUUCCAUCCUGAGGUUUUAGCUAAUUCCUUUGGGCCUGGUUCGACGUAUUCAGAUAGGAAUUGGGACUGCGGCUUCGUUGCAGGUUUUGAAAUAUCUAACACUGGUAAUAAUAAUAUUAUGAACAGAAGUCAAAUGUAUCAUGCUGCUCUUAAUACGUUAACAUGGGCUGCUUUUGCAUUGUGUGUUCUUUUUGAUCCAGCUAGAAAUGAAGCAAGUGCAAAAGGAGGUCACAUGUGUAAUUACAUUGAGGACGAGGGUUACGUCAAUAUUUCGAAUUUAGAAAAGUUGCAGAACUAUAUCAGAACUCGAGUGUGCACCUUUUUGUCUAUCUUCGCGUUCUCUCCUAAUGUGAUCCACAGAGUGGAUCCAAUCAUAUUCUUUACGAAUGUGUUGGAGAGAUUUUUGAUGCAAGCUCCCUCCUCUAAUGAUUGCUUAGGUUUUUUUAGUGAGGGUGGAGAGAAAAUAAGAAAGUAUGAAAACUUUUGGAUGAAUAAUUGCUUUAUUCCUGUUUUAAAUGAUUAUGGAAAUAUUGUCAACAAGAUGAACGAGAAAAUGCAAACGUUGCUAAGAAUUUCUCAAUUCAAAGAAGCCUCCAUGAACAUUAGAAAACAGAAAGAUGUGUUCAUUCCACCAAAGUCAAUACUUGAUCUCCUGAAUGAACGUUUCUCUGAAGUUGAACAUGACAACUAUCCUGAAACAAUACGACAAGUGCUCAAAUUCAACCUUUGGCUCUCAUUUAGUGGCUACAUUCAAGAUUUCAUUGCAAUGUAUGUCGCACUGCAUCGAGGACUAAGUGGAAAAUUAGAAGAAAAUGAAAUUCACAUCACCAUUAAGGACGCCAUCCGUCGGAUGUCUCGAGAGAAACAACAAGAAAUUCAGGAUCUUUGGAUGAGAGUGAAACAAAGUUGGGCUGACAUUAAACAGAAAACUGUUCAAGCGUUGGGAGAAGUUGUUUGCCAACAAGAAGAAAGAGAAAUCAUAGAUUUGAAUGAUGACACUAUUUUAUCUUCUGUAUUACAUGUGCCUGAAGGAAAUAAUGCAAUUGGAACGAUGAUUAAGAACAUCUAUGUUGCUCAAUCUUCGAUACAACAAAGCUAUUCGUCAAGCAGUACUGUUGUGGCUGAAACAGCUGUAAGCAUUACUGACAAAGCAUUCAACAACUUGCUUUUUAUCCAUCUCAAAGAAGAGCAUUUGUGUGAAAUGGCCAAACGUUUCUUGGUCAUUAAGAACAAUCGUACCGAUUUCGAUUGGUCUGGAUUAGAGUUCUUACUGAAAGAAUGUCUUGCAAAAGGAAGAAUAACUGUGCAGAUUCAAGACUCUGCUCCUCUCACGCCCUCUGCUAAAUUUGAAUUUAUUCAACACAAAGCCCAGCAGCAACAAUAUGACAAAAAUGUGGACGCAGUUAAUGAGGAAAUUGAGGAUGAAGAAAAUACAUCCAAAAACACUAUCUAUUAUUAUUCUAAAGUACUCACUGAAUAUGAAGGCAAAUUGGACAACAAUGACAAUAUUGAACUUCCUGAUGACAAGAAGAAAAUUCUGUUGAGUAGCAUUGAUUGCAAGAACACAAGUGAAGUAUUGAAAGUGGCAAAGGAUCUCGAUACAAUUUUGAAACUUCACGAGCAAGACGUUCCUAAUUACUUAUCAUACGCUCCAGAAAACUCAGUUUUAAGAAAGCUAAACAGGUUGAAAGGAACUGAAUUAUUUUCUCUUCUCCAGAUUGUAUUGGAUAUUAUUUAUAAUCGAGAAGAAGCAAAAUCUCUCUACGAAAAAUUUGCUGCAAGACAGUUCAGAUAUACAUUAACAUCCACCAUGAAGAAACAGCUGGAAAAAAUUGGACAAGCUUUGGAAGAGCAAGUGAAACAACAAGGUUCUAAACUUGACAUGAAUUUGGAAACCCUUGAAACAAUUGCAUCCGUUAUUUAUAACGAUGUCGAUGGAGUUUUAAGAUUUAACAACAAUCAACAAAAGUCAUUAUUGGAACUCUUUGAGAAAAGUAUCAAACAUCAACUCAGAAACGAGGUUCAAAUUUCCUACUUUUUACCAAAAUCCAUUACAACAAGAGAAACAGUUGCAUAUAUUGAAUACUUGAGAAGACUUAUUGGUAAAAUAAGGUUGCAUCGAUCAGAAGUGGUUUCCUCUCGUAAAGAUUGUUAUAUUGAAAAAGUUCCAAAUAGUUUUGUGAGCACUCUUUCGAAUUCUGACUCCAUUCUCCAAAAAUUUGGUACUUAUGAUGAAAAUCAAGUUGAUCCACUGGGUGAAGAGGCUGAUAAUGACGAGAAUGAUUGGAAUUUGUAUGUUCGUGAAUCCAUGUACCCGCAAAUGGAAAGAAUUUCACAACUACGAAAGGACAUUCAACAAGAACUUGAUAUUUCCAAAGAUUUAACUUUAGAGAUUGCCAAAUUGAGACAUGAAGAAAAACUUUUACGCUUGAAAUGGGAAGCACUUCAAUUAAGACAAGAAAGCAAUAUGUUGAAACAGCAGUUGAAGGAAAAUAGAAAAACAAUUAUUCUAUUAUAUGCAAAAGUGAAAAAGCUGCUUCAAUAA